AGUCCCCCCCUGACGGUAUAAGAAAAAUAUCUGUUAACGGGGGAGGGUUUCAUUAUCAUCAAAUCAAGAUGGCAACACCAACCUCGCAACUUUUGCCGUUAGAAUUAAUUGACAAAUGCGUGGGAUCAAAGAUUCACAUUAUUAUGAAGAGUGACAAAGAAAUUGUUGGAACUUUGCUGGGUUUUGAUGAUUUUGUUAAUAUGGUAUUGGAGGAUGUGACUGAAUUUGAAAAUACUGCUGAAGGUCGAAGAGUAACGAAACUUGAUCAGAUUUUAUUGAAUGGCAACAACAUUACCAUGCUGAUACCUGGUGGAGAGGGACCUGAUGUUGCAUAAAACUGUUAUUCUUUCAACACCCAAAAUAUGGAUACUGAAGGACAUACUUUAUUUAUAUAAACUAACUUUAUGUAAUUUUGAAGAUUACAAUAUUAUUUCCAGCAUUACACCCUUUCUUUUUUCCUAUUUUGUUUUUAUUUUUGAAGUAGGGAAUAAUAAGUUUCACUAUUUUGGAUGGUUUUAUAGAAUUUUAUUACUUCUAUAUCAACUACAUGUCAAGAGUGGCCGUGCAUAGAUUUGACCUAUGGAAUUAACUAAGCCAUGCUGAUAGUAUAUAAUGAAUUUUUAUUCAAUAAUCGAAAGAACAAUUUCAAUUCAACAACUAUUCAUUGCUGAACAUAUAAAUAAAAGUUCAAAGUUAUCAUAACUCUAGCUUGUGGAUACUGUGGAUAUGAAUUAUAUAUAGUUCUGUAUGUAGAAUAAAAUAGUUUUUAGGAUAUCAUCUGAUGCAAAAUACUAAUUUGUUUAUGAUUCGA